UAACGACCAUGAGAUUGCCGGUUCGCUCCGGGUCGGAUCGGCAAGCGAGUUUUUCCCCCUUCGAUCGUUCAUUUCUGCUCGUCUUCUCGUUUCUAUUUGGGAGGGAAAGCUCGCUCUUUUCCUUUUCCCGCAGGUUUUGUUUGGUGCGGGAAAUCAUAAUGGUCGUUGCGGGGGAAUAGUUCUUUCGCUGAAAGGUUGUUCGAAGAUGGGAAAGAACCGUGAAUCUGGACCCUCAGCUACCUGGUCAUACGAAAUCAUCAUAAUGUUUUGUGACCUAUGUUUGAGAGAAAUCGCUCUUGGAAACCGACCCAACACGCAUUUCAACAAAACUGGUUGGACUAACUUAGUUGAAAAUUUCAAGCAAUUUACAGGUAGGGAUUAUGAUAGGCUUCAGUUGAAAAACAAAUGGGAUCUACUGAAAAAAGAGUGGAAGCUAUGGAAGGAUUUGAAGAAGGAUUUAGAUGGAUUUGGUUGGAAUCCUAAGAGAAAAACCAUUGAUGCCUCUGAUGAAUGGUGGAAAACAAAACUUGAGGAGUUUCCCUCUGCUAAAAAGUUCAGGUAUAAUGGCAUUGACCCUGAGAUGGAAGAAAAGUUGGAUAAGAUGUUCAUGACUGCCGAGCUUCCAUGGCCACGCAACUCCGAUUCUUUACCUCCGGUUGUCACCGACGAAGACCACGAGGAUUUCGAUGAGUGUGAAAGCACCAAAUCAUUACCCGAAGACGUGAAGUUAGUAAACGAGAUUCGGCAAUCUUACAGUGGUUCAAAAAGAGCCUCCCAACCUUCAUCUAAUGGCAAGGCCACCAGAAGUAAGAUGGCUUGCCCAAAAUCUGGAAUGGCAGGAGCAGCAUCCGCAGGUGUGUCUCAGAUGUUUCAAGACCAAAUGCUGAAAGCUCAAACGCUUCAGAAACAGAUUCAGCAAUUGGUUGAUGCAGCUACCCUCAGAAGCAAAGCCACAGCUGCUCUGAACAAAUCCUUCACAAUCACAGAAGCAGUUCGUGUGCUUGAUUCGAUUGAGGAACUUGAGGAAGACGACGAGCUAUAUGGGUUUUCGAUUGAUCUUUUGAUGCAGAGGGAGAGCAGAGAACUGUUUCUGGCUUUGAAAACAGAUAAAAAGGUUUGGUAUCUCAGAAGAGAAUUUGAGAAAAGUAAGAAGAGCUUUUGCUGACCUGUGUUAAUGAUGUUUAGCCUGUAAUUAGUUGUUUUUCUUUUUUUUUUGGCUUUUCAAGCUGAUUAUCGUUAUGCAUUA